AUGUCAAAAGAAACGAAAGAGACUGACCCCAAAGAACCAAAUUAUUAUAAUAAGUGGUUAGAAAAAUCAAUUGCAAAUGAAUAUCUCAAUUAUUAUGAAUAUUCUGAAUUUAAAAAUUUAGAAUCUAUAGGAAAUGGUUCACAUGGAAAUGUCGUUCGUGCUAAUUGGAAAAAUGCUGGAAAUUUUUUUGCUUUAAAAACUUUUAAAUAUUAUGACAAUAUAAUGUUAAAAGAACUCGUUAAUGAGAUAAAAUUACAAAAAAGAGUUGAUUAUCAUGAAAAUAUUAUACGGUUUUACGGCAUCACGAAAGUGGAAACUGAAAAAUAUUCGUUAGUCUUGGAAUAUGCCGACAAUGGUACACUAAAAACUUAUUUAAAUAAGCAUUGUAAUGAACUUAAUUGGAUUGAUAAAUAUCAGUUGGCAUUUCAACUAGCCAAUGCGGUAGAAUGUUUACAUGAUUGUAAUAUAAUUCAUCGUGAUCUGCACGGAGAUAAUAUACUAGUACAUCAGCAAAAGAUAAAGUUAACAGACUUCGGUUUAUCAAAAAAAAUUUCUGAAGCAUCAAGCAAUACAUCAAAAAUACUUGGCGUAAUACCUUUUAUUGAUCCAAAAAAGUUAUAUGAACAAGGUUACAAAUUAAACAAGAAAUCUGAUGUAUACAGCAUCGGAGUUUUGAUGUGGCAAAUUUCAAGUGGCCGUCAACCAUUUUCUGAUUAUGAUUAUGACGUAAGUUUGUCCUUGUCCAUAGUAAAUGGAAAACGAGAAAAAACUAUUGAUAAUACUCCUAUAGAAUAUAGUAAUUUGUAUACAGAAUGUUGGAAAGAUGAUCCGGAUGAACGUCCAAAUAUACAGAAUGUCGUUUCUAUCCUUUAUGAAAUAAUAUUUCCCAAACAAGAAGGUAUAACUAAUACUGUUAAUGUUAAUAAAGGAAAAGAAAAUAAUCAACUGGAAAAAUGUGAAACGACUUCUAAAUCAAUCAAAACCGUGGAUUUAAAUAAUGAAUUGAUAUCAUAUACUGGAUUAAAUAUAAGUUGUGAAAAUAAUUUAUCAAGUACAUCAAUUCAAACAAAUAUGUCAAAAAUUUCAUACGGGUCAACAUUUGAUAAAACUAAUAAUAUAAUUGUUCAAAAGUUAAUUAAGGUUAUAAAUAGGAAACAUGAUAAGGAAAGUAUUAAUUUUCAAGAUUUUCAACGAUUUAUCAAUCAGCAAAUUUUAGAAUUGAAUCAAAGUUCAGAUAAUCUCGUUAAAUGGCUAACUAAACAAGUAAAUCCACAAUAUAUUUAUUUACUUGGACUACUUUAUUAUUAUAAUAUUGGUACAGAGGAAAAUAGUACAAAAGCAUUCAAAUUAUUCUUAAAAGCAUCUGAAGACAAUUAUUUGACUGCACAAGUCUAUCUUGGAAAAUGUUAUUAUGAUGGAUUUGGAAUUGAGAGUAAUAAAAACUUGACAUUUAAUUGGUAUCAAAAAUCUGCAGAGAAUGACAGUAUUAUUGGACAAUUCUAUUUAGGAAAUUGUUAUGAAUUUGGCAUUGGAACUGCAAAAGAUAUUAUAAAAUCAGUACAUUGGUUAGGAAAAGGAGUCGAAAAAGAUGAAAUUAAAGCAUUUAAAUAUUAUGAAAUUUUGGCUAAACAAGAAAUUUCAGAUGCUCAAUAUCAACUGGGAAAUUGUUAUUAUAAUGGGAUUGGAACGAGAAUAGAUAAAAUACAAGCUAAAUGUUGGUAUGAAAAAGCAACAAAAAAUGGAAAUAUUAUUGCAAAAGAUAAUCUUUUAAACAAAGGUCAAAUAGUGGCAGAAAAUGAAAAUGAAGGGUUACCAUUUGAUUUGAUUAAUCAUUAUAAAAAAAAUAAAUGUGUAAGAAGAGAUGGGAGAAAUGCUUUUGAAUUCCAUAAACUUUUAGCUGAACAAGGAAAUAUAAAUGCAAAAUUUCAACUUGGUUAUUGUUAUGAUGAAGGAAUUGGAAUUGAUAUUAAUAAAGUAAAAGCAUUUGAAUUAUACAAAGUAGCAGCAGAAAAAGGAAAUAGUGAAGCACAAUAUAAUUUGAGUUUUUUGUAUGAAUUAGGAGAAGGAGAAUUGGAACUGAAAUCAAUAAAUCAAAAGCAUUUAAAUUAA